AUGAUGCCAGUUAUCUUUGGAGAUGCCAAGUCCCUGGGAGACGAUUAUCAGCAUGAUUUCCCUUUGACUCAAGAGUGCCCCUAUUUGAAGGAUGGAAUUGGCAGGGUCGGAUACUUGAGACAAUUCACGAGAGUCAUGUGGAUGCCGCCCAAGCACAACGAAGGCAAGGUCUGCAUAUCGAGGCUCCAGGAAUUUUCUCGGACGAAGCAAAUGGAUACCACGUACCCGGCAAUGGUCGGUGGGUUCCAUUACCAUACCAGUCUUGAGGGUGGCAUGUUUAUGGCGUCCGACAAGAGUCGCAUUUGGAAUGCCUGGGUGGACCGCCAAAUGAGCGGAUUUUGUCGACCGUCAUGGUGGUUGUGA